CUAGCAGCCGCCAGUUACCGCUGAGCCGUGAUCGGGAGAGGUUGCGUCGCGCGGGCCUGAGACUGGUAAGCUGUCCUCACCGUGCCCACUCACUGCUCCUGCCGCUGCGUGACCUGACCCCAGCACCACCACCCGCGCCCCCCACACCACACCGGCGUCUCCUUGGCCUCUUCAUGUGCAGGCGGCGUGAUGGUGUGUGAUGCGGGUGAGGGCUGGAGGACGGCUGGGGGUUGCCCUGAUCACCCUCACCUCUCUCACCUUCCUCCUGCUGCAGCACUGUCGCCUCUCAAACCACCUGCAGGGAGCAGAGGCGGAGUCUUCUGAAGGUGGCGCCGCAGGGGGACGUAAUGGUGGCGGUGGGAGUGGCGGCAGUCAGCGUGGCGGCAGCAUUAACGCCAGUAGCCAAGUGGUGCCGGUGGAUGGGGCGUGUGCGGCCGUGAUCCAACACCAAGUGGCGCAGUCUGAGAUCACGCAAGGCAUCUCCCUCAACAAUGAGUACGAGGUCGUUCCCUUCUCACACUUCACCUGGUCCCGCGUGUACCCGUCUGAGCUGGGCCUCGGGAAACGCGUUGUGGAAAAGCCCAUUGGAUUCAAGAGGCGAGACAUCCUGGCCGCCCUCACCGCUGCCCUCGACCACCUCAACACCCCCGUCCCCGCCAGGUUCACCGUGGAUGACUUCGUGGAGGGCAUGUACCGCACGGUGGCCACCAGCGGCACUCAGUACGAGCUGGUGUUCCACGACCGCCAGGCCAACCAGUCGUGGCACCAGUACCGAACUGUCACCCUCAUGAGACCCUUCGCCCCGCUGACUGUGGUGACCCGCGACCCACACUCCACCAGGCAGAUGAUCAACAUCAUCCUGCCACUGUCUGGCCGCAUCGACACCUUCCGAGGCUUCAUGGACAAGCUGGGCAGCAUCAUCCUGCGCCACGACCGCCGCCUCUUCCUGACAGUGGUGUAUUUUGGCCACGAGGGUCUGCAGGAGGUGAGGAACAUCAUUACCUCAGCCUCCAAGGAAGCUAAGUUCAGGCACAUCAAGCUGCUCACCCUCAAUGAAACCUUCUCCAGGGGCAAGGCGCUGCAGGUUGGGGCCACACAUUGGUCGAAGGGUGACGUGCUGCUGUUCAUGUGUGACGUGGACAUUGUGUUCAGCACUCGGUUCCUGGAGCGUUGCCGCCUCAACGCCUCACCGGGGCGCUCUGUGUACUACCCUGUGGUGUUCUCCCUGUACAACCCCAGCGUGGUGUACCCGCUACAGGGCAAGGCUGUGCCGCAGGAGCUGGACCAGUUGGUGAUCUCCCGGGACACUGGCUUCUGGCGGGACUUUGGCUAUGGGAUGACCUGCCAGUACCGGUCAGACUUCCUCAGUGUGCAGGGGUUUGACGAGGACAUCAUCGGCUGGGGUGGCGAGGAUGUCCUGCUGUACCGCAAGUACGUCAAGUCUCGACUGUCAGUGAUCCGUUCCACCGACCCGGGAAUCUUCCACCUGUGGCACCCCAAGGAGUGCUCCACCUCCCUCUCUGCUGACCAAUAUCGUGCCUGCAUCACCUCUCGCGCCCUCAAUGAAGCCUCCCACGCCCACCUUGGCCUCAUCGCAUUCAAGGAUGACCUGGGCAAGCAUCCCCUUGGUGCAGAGGCCUUGACAGGCGGUGGUAGCAACCUGGAGGAGCAGCAACUCAAGGCUGAGAUGUGAGGAGCGGAGGACAGGGACACAUGGCGCGCACACACACACACACACACACACACUAUGGACAAGAACACAUUGAGUUCAAAAGAUAUAUAAUGUUGGUGUUUUUGUUAUUUCUCACCCAGACUAAUCUUUGGUGUCAUUAGUUCCUCGGCCAGAGUCUGUCCACCACACAAUGUUUGGAGACUUGCUAUCUUCUCUUCAUUAUUGUUUCCCAUUCAUUGUCACAUAAUUAUCACAAAUAUAAUCAUUAGUGCAUACAAUUUAACAGGUCUUAUACCUCCCUCAGUGUUUGUGAUGAUAAGUCUUACGGUAAAUAGUUUUUUCAUCAUGGAGUAUUGCAGUGCACAUUUUUGAAUUGUGUUAAGGAAUGAGUGUUGCCAUGUUGCACCCGAGUGUUCCUGAGCCAACACUUCCCACCAGUGUAAGUCUGAGGUGGUGUUUGGCUGAAGGAAGGCAAGGCAGCCGCUCUACACUAUUGGAAAUGUUACUAAUAGAAAUAAAGAAUGUGUAUUCACAGAUUUGAAUAGAAAAUAUCUUAGGAAUUUUUUUUCAGGAUGGAGAAUACAUGUUUGUGUUGAAUGAUGCAGUUUAUAUGUGAGAUUUCACUUCAUUCAUUCCCUGAAAUUUUACACACACACACACACACACACACACACACACACACACACACACACACACACACACACACACACACAGACACUAAAGGUCAAAGUGUGCGAGUGUUUGAAUCAAAAUGGACCAGAGUAGUGAAUCAGCUUUGCCUAUCCAGACAGCUCACUGUGUUUGGUGCAUCAAAUAUUAAUGAUUACAGUGGUGAAUGUUGCCCAGAAUAUGUAUGAACAAAGCUACUCUUAAUAUAGGUUGUCACCACCGUGCUGCAACACUCAGGGCAGCUGCGGUGUGUGUAUCAUGUAAAGUAAGUGUUGACAUGCUGGCACACCACUCUAAUGACAUUUACUUACUUUAUGUUGUGCAAUUCUAGACCGUGAUAAUUAAUUUUCAUGUUAAGCAGAAAUGAUAAUUUCUACAAACCCUGCAUGCAGAUCCAACAAACUUUUGAAUAGGGAAAUAUUGUUUAGUACUUUUGCAAUGUGUAUAGCCAGAUGUCUUGUAUCUGCUAUUAUUAAGAACACAAAUUUUAUAUGAACAUGACAACACAAACCUGUAAUGCUUCUGUACAGGAAAACUACAAUGUCCCAUACACACACACACCACUUAGAUACAUACACCCAUAUACACACUCUAUCUGAUUUUGUAUGUAAAUUGAUAGAUAUUUCUUUCAAUCUCUACUUGGACUCCUAAUCUGCUCAUAAUAUAAGUGCUUUACUGAAUUGAUGUGCGAGUAGUACCAUCGGUGUGUGAGCUAGUCAUGGCGGUAGUGUUGUGUGCUGCUGGAGGGAGCACAGUAGUGGUGGUUGGCUGGCCCGGGUCCUGUUGGCCCACCAUGCUGCACAGCUGCUCACGUGGAGACAGCCCCAGGUGGCCUCAGGUGGCUCUUGGCAGCACAGGGGCAUCAGCACUGUGCUUAACAGGAUAUCUUUUACUCUGCUGUUAUGUCUGUUACACUUCAUGGAUUUCUAUUAUCAGUACAAUUCUGAAAUGUGUUUUUACCUUAUAAUUUGACUUGUUGCAUUCUAAGCAGGUUACUUGUUACCAGUGAAAGGAUUAUUCACACUUGGUAAUCAAACAGUGCGACGUUUUGCUAAUAUUGAGAAUUUCAUAGCUUAUGUACUUUGUUUCUUUUAUUUUGAAAUUGUUACCAGUAUUGUUUCUGUGUAUUGGUCCAGAUGUACUGGUACCUUACAUGACAAAAUUGUUAUUUUACUCACUCCUUUUGUUUCUGGAUACACAUAUGUUAAGGCUAAUUCUCUAUAAGCACAGGCCAAGGCAGUCACUUGUGGCAGAGGUGUGGCAAUAGGCAGGUGAGGAGCAGCUGUGACGGGAUGAAUAUGGUGCGCCGGCAGGGACGCAUCGCAGGGAGGCCAAUGUAGUUCUUUGACUUGUCACUUCCAAGUAUAGUGAGAUGAAGUUGACCUGAUAGUGUUAAGGUUCAUACCGAGAAAAGGGCAUAAGUCAAAACAGCACAGCAUACAAGUUCAAAAAGAGAUGCUAAUUGGAUGUCAGUUCCUAACGAUUGGCAUUAGUGCAGAGACAGACAGACAGACAGACCAGGCUAUGCAGGGUGGCAAGAGUACACAGGCUGCUCCCCCACGGCAGCCAUUGUGGGAAGGUCCAGAGCAAAUCUAAACAGUUGUUGUAAGAUUGAUGUUCUUUGUUUGACUAUUGGUGGAUAUACUAUAUAUAUUAAUAUAUAUAUUUAUGAUGAAUUUUAUGAAGUGUUUGUUAUUAAAGUUGCUAAAGGGAAAUCCAGGGGAGGCAGUGAGGGAGAGCAGACACAGGCUGUGCUUCACUAGGGGCCCUCACCAUGCCAGUCACUCAUCACUCAUGCAUUGCUUAUUUGUAUCAAUGAAUUCAUGUAGGCAAAGUUUUGUACAUAGCAUUGCAACACAAUUAGGAAAUUACUUCCAUAACACUCUACCUUCCUGCUCUUUGAGGGCCCCUGGACUCCUUCCCAGUCCUCUACUCUCACUCACCAGCAGGGGUGUCCCGAGGGGCACCCGCUGUGGGCAGGCCGAGGUGACGCUGACCGCCCGUCAGUAGUCACUGUAGUGUUGGGUGAGAAGUGUGUCGUCUCUCUAUGUAAGUGUCAGUCUCUGCCGCAGAUCUGCCCGCUGGUGCAGGUCUUGGUGGUGGUGGUCAGAGGUCCGGCUCCUCCUCCCGCUGGAAUGUGGAGGAGGAGCACCAAGCCUGUGAUCCAGUCUUCCCGUCUUCCAUAGGCUAAAUCAACAUCUGUAUCUUUUACAAGUUAACUGUAAGGAGUUUUCAUCUUUUUAUGAAUCUUACCAAGCAGCCUUAGGCAUACUGUAGAGUAAACACACACACACACACACACACACACACAAGAUAUAAAAAGGUGUACAAAAUUAUAAGGAAAUGAUAUGCUAUACUUCCCAGUUCAUCAAUAUUAUAACUGAGCCUCAGAGUUUGAGGUGUUUGGUCCAGUGGCACGUACUGGAGGUUACAUGUAUGUUUGCUACUCUGUAAUUGUACUGUGUGGCCGGAUGCCGUGAAUAGUCAUGUCGUACCGUGAGAUUAUCUGGUUUGUAUUUUCACUAGACUUGUCACUCAUAUUCCUUUUUCUUAUUUAUCAAUUUGUUCAAUGUUCAGCAGCUGUUGCCUCCACUCUGCCCCCUCCCCUCCUGGCUGCCACUGUGUGUUGCUUGUCUUCCAUAGCCAUGCCAGGGUGACCAUGCCACCACCACCACCACCACUGGUACAUACCCUGUAAAGAUCGUUGUUACUCUGUGGCCAGACAUUGGCAUGGCAUGAACCAGCUAUGUGUGUAGCAAGAGCCUGGACCCAGAACACAGUUACUUAUUGAAAUGUUUGGCACUGUGCACUGUGGUGUUGACAUGAGGCACAGUUGGAGGGGGUGGCGUGGAGGCUGCAAGACUCCAGAGGUUCGUCCUGCAUGUGUUUCAGCCGUGAAUGUAAUGCCUGGGAGAAAUAGUGAGCAGGUUUCAUACUAAACUUUAUCAAAAUAAAGUAGAGAACAUGGUUCUUAUCAACAGAAUUCAAUAUAAUAUGUAACUGACAGACCAAAAUCAUCUUACUGAGGCACAGUAUGGCAUAGCAGGAUUUGCAUUUGUGUGAAAAUAUUUAUUUGUUUUUUUGACAUCUCACAUUUUUGCUCCUGUCCUGCCUCAUGUCAGUCCUCUUGUACCACUGUGUAAGGGGGUUACUGGAAUAUCCCUGCAUGUGUGGCAAGAUGAGAUGCACAUGCUGGUAACCCCUCCCUGAGGGCACCACCACCACUGUGGUGUGUACUGUGGUGUUCCUGCCCGUCACACUGAACCCCAGUGAAACAUGAUGUGGGUUCUCUUUGCAAUCUUUGUUUUCCAUUUUAUAUAUAUAUAUAUAUAUAUAUAUAUAUAUAUAUAUAUAUAUAUAUAUAUAUAUAUAUAUAUAUAUAUAUAUCAUCAUUGAAAUGUGUAUACUACAGUCACAUUGCUUGACUCUGUAAUAUAUUCAAUUAAGUUAUUGAGAGAAAUUUUGUAAAUUGCUAUGGUAAGUUUGAAAUGGACAAUAAUAAGUGUUUGAGCUGUACAA